GGGCUCAUAACACGGAAGCGGAAGCGAGACAUGUAACGUUGAGCUGUCUAUUUCAUGUUGUUUACAUCAGAAUUGAUUUUGUUUAAUAGUUUAAUGCCACGUACAGACUCACAUUUACAGUUUACACGUCAAAACAAAGAUCACGAAGAGAUCUCCCGUCAUAACCAUGAAGAGCAACAUGAAGAGCGUUGGAGUUUUAUCUUUUCACGUUUUAACGUUAUUACUGGUACCUCACAUCGACUGUUGGAAUAAUGAUGCUGUGUUACUGCGUGAUGUUCAGGUGCUCACCCUCCACAAAGGUCGUUUCACCACAGCACGCCGCUCCAGUCCUGUUCCGCAGCUGCAGUGUGUCGAUGGGUCCGCUGGCUGCGGGGCAUUCGUAAUAGAGGUGGUCCAGUGUUACAACAGAGGAUGGGAUGGCAUAGACAUACAGUGGGAAUGUAAAGCCGACAUGGACAACUGGUACAGGUUUGGCCGUGUGGAGGUGUCCUGUGAAGGUUAUAGCAGUCCUAAUGACGAGUAUGUGCUUAAGGGAUCAUGCGGUCUGGAAUACACGCUAGAGCGCACGGCAGAGGGGAAACAACAGCACGGGCACGACUCCAGGGGCUCAUCUGGUUUUUCAGGCUUUGCCUCUAGUUUCUUCCAAGGCUCUUCUAAUCACAAACAACAGCAGAGAGGACACCAUCAGCCAUAUGACAACUCACAAAACAGCCAGUCGGGUGAAGGAGUGGGGGGGCUUAUAGUGGUAGGGAUCCUUCUGCUUUUGGCGUAUGGUGUGUACAAGAUGUUUCUAUGCAGUCCUACUCAAGGCCGUCAAGGUUACUACGGCAAUGACCCUCAAGACUUCGGAGGGCCUUCGGAUACCAGCCAUGGCACAGGACCACCUCCUCCUGGAUUUAAGCCAGAUUAUUACGCAGACCAGUCCAGCUCAGGGCCCGGCUAUGGUUUUUCUGACGAAUACACCAAACCUCAGGGUUCUUGGACUGGUUCCAAUUUUGGAAGACGAUCUGGUUAUGGUGGCACCGGUGGCGGUGGUGGAGGGUUUUGGACCGGAAUGGGAGCAGGUUCACUUCUGGGUUACAUGUUUGGGAACCAGAGAAGCCAACCACCGAUGGGAUCAUCACACUCCUACAGACCUUCUCCAGCACCAAAAACAAGCUCAGGAACACGCACUGCUUCAGGUUUCGGAGGAACUAAAAGAAGAUAAAUGAAGAUGACGGAUGAGUGAUGGAUAUCCACGCUCACAAGCUCAUUGCCCACAUUGGUCAGGAUUGGGACGUGACCUGACAUUUUGAUCUUGAAUAGUUUGUUUCUAUUUUCUUAAACUCAUUUACGCUCCAGACCCUCUUCAUGCUGCGCUUAACCAGUAGGCCUGUGAAAUGAUAGUAUAGUGCUGUUUGCUAGAAAUUAAGUUGCAUUUUCGUUUUUAUAACAGACUUUUCUCUUUUGGGCUCAGCUUUAUUGACUUGAAUGUCUUUAUUUUACUUUAAAAUAGUCAAUGCGAUUGUAUAAUUUCUGGUUUGACAGUUUUGUUGCUUUAAGUAAAUUAGUGCCAUAUGCAAAUUGGCAAACAGAGCUGUUGACUAUUCAAACUUUCACAUGGUCUUUAAUUGCAGGUCACUGUAUGGCAUUGAUUUUUAGAAAAUACUGUAAUUUCGUAAUUGCUGUAAUGUUGACAUCAUGACUUAGCAUCUUGUUUGUGAACAAUGAUGCAAGGACUUGCUGUGAUGAAGGAUUAAGAACAUGUCACAGGCUCUUGCAGGUGUGUUGCUGUUUGAAUGAAUUGGCUUGUAAAAUGCACUCGAUUUGAAUUUGGAUGAAUCGAGAUGCACCAAUGCGGCUGAGGAAAAUCUCAGUCACAUACAUUGAAAAUGUAUAUGACAUAUUUUGUACACAUACAAUAUGUGUGUUAAAUAGUAUGUGACAUUUGAAUCCUAAACAUUACAUGAAAUAAAGAAAUGCAAGUGCACAUAAAAAGAUCAUCGUUUGUUUCUAAACAACAAAUAAUAAAGUGUGUUCAUGUA